AAUAUUUUAGAAGAGAAGAAUUGGAUUGUUGUUAUAAGUGUUGUUUGUGAAGUACGUAAGAUUAAACUAUUCGUUGUUAAAUUAAUACAGGGUAUUCGAAUAUAUUUUAAAGUUUGUUUAUACAUUGAUAAAAGGUUUUUCAUCAAGAUGAGUUAUCCUGGUUAUAAUCCAUAUCAACAGGGAUCAGCACCGGGAGCACCCAGCCCAUACCCCCAACAACCUCAAGGAGGAGCACCUCCCUACCCACCACUCAAUCCUAACGCUUUCGGUUAUCCCUCCAACAUGCCCAUGCACAUGCCACAACCCAUGCAAAUGCCCACUUACCCUCCUAGCAUACCAGGCUAUCCUCCUGCUGUUCCCGGAGGUUAUCCACCGCCCCAAUCUAGCGGAGGAUACCCGCCAUCUAGUGGGGGGUAUCCGCCAUCUGGUGGGGGAUAUCAUUCUGGCGGCGGUGGGGCUUCUUAUCCUCCGAACACGUAUCCUUCAGGCCAACAGUCCUAUUCCAGUGCUCCUGGUGCUCCUCCCGGUGGAGGACAUGGCCAUCAAGGAUCUCAGGGACCUUACGGAGGGUUUUCGUAUACACAGCACAGUGCUCCUCAAAGUUAUGCAGCUCCUCCCAGGACCAAGAGGACUCCCACCGUCAGACCUGCCCAACCAUUCAACCCUAAUGAUGAUGCUCAAGUUCUUAGAACAGCGAUGAAAGGUUUCGGAACCGACGAGAAGGCCAUUAUCAAUUGCUUGGCAAGAAGAUCCAAUGAACAGAGACUACAUAUUGCUGCUGCGUUUAAAACUAUGUACGGAAAGGAUUUGAUCAAGGACUUGAAAAGUGAACUCAGUGGAAACUUUGAAAACUGUAUCGUCGCUAUGAUGACCCCACUUCCUGAAUACUAUGCCAAAGAAUUGCACGAUGCUAUGAGCGGUGUUGGAACUGAUGAAGACGUCCUUAUUGAGGUUCUUUGUACCAUGUCCAACAGAGAAAUUAUGGUCAUUAGAGAAGCUUAUCACAAAUUAUACUAUCGCCCUCUGGAGGAGGACCUAUUGGGCGACACUUCUGGAACAUUCAGAAGGAUGAUGGUGUCUUUGUGUACAGCCAAUCGUGACGAAAGCAUGAUGGUGGAUCAUAAUUCAGCUGCAGCCGACGCUCAGGCCUUGCUAACUGCAGGUGAAUUGCGUCUAGGCACUGAUGAAUCUGCAUUCAAUGCUAUUUUGUGCCAAAGAAACUACGCCCAGCUGGGACUUAUCUUCCACGAGUACGAGAAAUUAUCGGGUCAUGAUAUUGAAGAAGCCAUCAAGGGAGAAUUUUCUGGCGAUUCCGAAGAAGGAUUCUUGGCAAUUGUUCGUGCUGUAAAACAUCAACCGACAUUCUUUGCUAGACAAAUCCAUCAUGCAGUUAAGGGUGCUGGUACUGAUGAUCAAAAGCUAAUACGCACCGUUGUGACAAGAAGUGAAGUUGAUAUGGAGGAUAUUAAAAGUGCUUAUCAAGCCAAAUAUGGCGAAUCUCUUGCAGAAGCUAUACAGGGAGAAGCUUCCGGCGAUUACAAGAAAUGUCUACUGGCUUUGAUUGGAGAAUACUAAAUAAAUAGAUGCCAAAGAAAACUUGAAACUAUUUUCAUAUAUGCAAAUAUAUAUGUUUUAUAUUACUGCACUUAUUACGUACUAUUUUCAAAAUACAGCGAAGUAGCACAUUUCUAAUUAAAAAAUUGUUAGGGUUGUGGAUUUUAGAUCAAGAAAAAAGUUAUUAACUAUUUCUAGAAUGUAUCAAGAGGUUUUAGUGUGUAAGCAACCUUUAGAUUAAGCCUCUUCCAUGCGAUUUUCAAAACAAAAAUAUAACAGCAAGGGCACAUAAUUCGCGAAUAAUUAAGAAGAAUUUGUGUUAUUUGGUCUCUCAGUCACAGUUGGAUUUAUUUUUUUUGCGUUUUGCACAUCGGACAACUAUUUUUUAUCAAACAUCGGAUGAAGCUGCCAAUCGCUAUACAAAAGUGUUAUUUUCACUUUUCAUUUAUGACCGGUAAUUUAAAUAAGCUUUUCUUCGCCAUAUCGAAUCUAUUACCAAAGAAUAUAGACGCUUAUAGAAUAAUCUUUCACUGUUAUUUUUGAAAGUCGGCAAAAGAUGAUCGCACGUUAUGAAAAAGAAUGAGAGGGUGGAUCGAGAUUUUAGUACCAAUAGGGAGCGGUCAUGUCAGCGCUAUUAUUGCUUUUAAAAUAUGAAAGAGUGGGGCAACAAAUGCAACAGAUAUUUUUAUGUAGAUGCCGCGUGGCCGUAGAAUAGGAUUAAAUUUUUGCGUUUUAUAACAUUUUUUAAGAAAAUAAUAAUAUUUUAACUUUUAAUAAAUGAAUCCUUUUAGAAAAAAUAUUAUGAUUCAAAUUUUUAAUUUAAAUAUGUACAAAUCUACAAAUAAUAUAAUUAAAACUCUCUUCUUAUUAACUAUAAAUAAAAUUAAUUCAAUCAAUAAAGUCACAAUCACCGGAAUUAAAUAUUUCCAAAGUUUCUAUAUUUAAUAAUUUCUUCUUCCUUGUUUU